AACAGGGCUGCGCUGAGUGGCUGCACUGAGUGGCUGCAGCUCUCCGCGAGUGCGAGAUGCGCGUGGAAGUGCGGGGAGCUCGAGCUGGAGCUAGGGCCAAGCGCCGCGGGGUGCUGGCGUUCUGACGUUCUGGCGUUCUGACGUCUGCAGGGCCGGGCGUGUCGGCAGAGGCAGCCCACGGACGCGACGCGCCUGGAGCCUCAGCAGCUCAGCAGCCUAAGCAGCCUCAGCAGCCUCCGCAGCCUCCCACGCCGCCCGCAGAGCCGCGCCGAUGAGCGCCCGCCCGCAGCCAUGACGGACCUGCUGCUGGUGCUGCCCGACUUCGACACGCGGCCGUUCUCGCACCUGCUGCCGUCGCUGGACCGCGCGCGCAUCACCGCCAACGACCUGCUCACCCUCGACGCCGCCCAGGUCGCGCGCCGCGCCCAGCUGCCGCCCGCCGAGCUGCGCAAGCUCGUCGACGCCGUCGUGCCCGCCCUGCACGCCCAGCUCGGCCUCGACGAUGAUGCGCCCGGGGAUGCGCAGGCGUGGACGGCUGUCAGCACGCUGGACGACGACCUCGACGCGGCCCUCGGCGGUGGCAUCCCGCCCGGCUACCUCGUCGAGGUGACAGGCGAGAGCGGCGCCGGCAAGACGCAGCUGCUGCUCACCCUGCUGCUGGCCGUGCAGCUGCCCGCCCCGCGCGGCCUCUCCAAGACGGCCGUCUACAUCUCCACCGAGGCCGUCCUGUCCACCACCCGCCUGGCCCAGCUGCUGGCCGCCCACCCCGCCUUCGACGGCCUCGCGCCCGACGCACGCCCGUCGCUGGGCCGCGUGCUGGCCAUCCAGACGCCCGACCUCGAGUCGCAGGAGCACAUCCUCCGCUACCAGCUGCCCGUCGCCAUCCAGAAGCACAACGUCGGCCUGGUUGUCCUGGACUCGGUCGCCGCCAACUACCGCGCCGAGUUCGACAAGAAGGGCUCCGGCAAUGGCGCCGCCUCCAUGGCCAAGCGCGGCGGCCAGCUGGUGCAGCUCGGCGCCCUGCUGCGCGAGCUGGCCCGCACCGAAGGCAUCGCCGUAGUCGUCGCCAACCAAGUCGCCGACCGCUUCGCAAGGCCGCCCUCGACCCCCAGCUCCAACCCCGUCUCGCGCACCGCCUCUGCUAACAGCCAAGGCACGCGCGACAGCACGCCGCAGCCCUCGAACCCAGCAUUGCCCGUCCCCGACGACAGCAUCCUCUUGUCCCCGGAUCCACUCGCCCUCGACCACCAGCAGCGCUGGUUUACUGGCUGGGGCGACGCUCCACACGCAGCUCCGCACACUUUCAAGACGCCGUCGCUGGGCCUGGUCUGGACGAACCAGCUGGCAUGCCGCAUUGCUCUGAUCAAGAAGCCCGUGUUCGCCAACAGAGGGCCCCUGGUUGUCACCGUGAAUGGAGAAGACCAGUGGAACGAGCAGGAAGAGACGCAUGUGUCCAAAUGGCGACGCUGGUUCAAGAUUGUCUUCGCGCCCUGGGCGCCGCCUACUGAAGCGAGGGGGAUCGAGUUCGAGAUCGCGAGGCAGGGCAUAAGAGCUGUAGUCAAAGAGAAGAAAUGAACUUAGUCCUGGCAUUCUCUUGUCCUCCUACAUCCGCCAAUCUGUCGUCCUACAUCCCGCCAAUCUUCACGCUAUCCGUCAGCGUCUUGCUCACCCCCAGUCUGAUCCUCUCCUGCAUCCAGUUGGGCAGCGCCCGGAUCAGGCUGGUCCUCCCCGCGCUCGCCGGCAGAAACACCUGCGCGCCCCGACACUCAAACACCUGCUUGGCAAUCGCGUCGGCCACGUCCUCGGGCUCCAUGACAAUCGCCGCGCGCUUCUUGAGCUCCGCCUCGACCGGCGCGA